AUGUCUGAAGUUACUAAGCCGUUCAGGCGGAAUACUCCUGCCUGGGUGAUGCACUUGGCACUCCUUCCCGUAGUGGGACCCUUGUUCUGGUUCCUCGGCUUGGUGUUGUCGACGAUUCUUCCUACCAGAAACGACAAUAUUGCUCCCCAAAAGCUUAAGAAAAAACUGGUCGAACAGCCUGAAUGCGCCGGCUUGUUUCCCUCCAUGGACACCGCCUCUGCACUUCCCCACGAGCCAUUUACAGUCUCCAAGAGCUCCACCUCCCAGGCUCCUCAGCCCUGCUCCACCGGCUUGACAACCCGCUUGUUACCUUUCAAGAACUCUAAUGGUGAGAUCGAGUGGGCCUUCACCGACGAGUUGCCUCCUGGAUCCGAGUUGGAUGCAUUCAAGUCCGCUGAAGUGAUGAACUUGAAGUUGGACAAGAGCAACGAUAUCUUGUCACCCGUUACCUCCAACUCCUCCAAUAACGACUCGUUGAUCUCCAACAAGAAGCUGGUGUCCGUCUCCACUCUGCCCCAGGUCAACACUCCUUCUUCCACUUCUUCCGAAGAUGAUAAGAACAAAGAUGAGGAUGCCGAGGGUGACGAUGGCACCGGCGUACACCAAUGUCCUCACUGUCUGUCUCGCUUCAAGAUGAGGGGCUAUUUGACUCGUCACUUGAAGAAGCAUGCCGCUGAGAAAGCUUACCAGUGUCCGUUCCAUAAGUCUUCCAUCUACAAGGACGAAAAUGAUAUCACCCACAAGUGUCACCCUAGUGGAGGCUUCUCCAGAAGAGACACCUACAAAACUCACUUGAAGUCUCGACACUUCCGUUACCCUAAAGGCACAUCCAUCAAGAGCCGCAACCUGUCCCCAGGAAACUGUUCCAUGUGUGGAGAGUGGUUUGAAAACGGAGAGAUCUGGUGUGAGAUUCAUAUUGAAGGUGGAGAGUGCAAGUACUUGCCUCUCGGGUUCAAGGGAAAGUCCAGAAUCAAGAAUAGAUUGAAGAAGCAAAUGAACCGUAUGAUCAAAGAACAAAGACAGAAGUUGAAAGCUGGUACCUCAGGGUCUGUUGUCACUGGCGACUACCAACUGCCAUCAUUAAACACGCCAAACUCUGUCAACACCCCGAUUCAUGGUUCUAAUUCUUAUGAGUACAACCACUCACCCACAAUGUCGGUUGGCUCGCCCAUUGGCCCUCACCAAAUCCCCCAGCAAUCAUUGCAAGAGUCCGUUUACAAGCAACAAGCCAUGUUGCUGCACCAAGUCAUGCAGCCAGAAUUUGCCCUUCCGGCCGAUGACGACUACGACGACGACUUUUGUCUCGAUACGGACCAGUUGGGAGCGUUUGCUUUUCAACAACCGUUACCCGUAUUUUCCGAGAUGGCACCUUCCUUGGGCGGUUUCAACAGCUACCCGAAGCAGGUUGUUCCUCAGUACAACUAA